AUGCCAACGACAAAUUUAUACAAGCGAAACAAAACAAAACAAAAUCCACCGAAAUCGAUGAUACGACGCCAACAACAAAUUCACACAAGUGAAACAAAGUCCACUGAAAAUCGACAACAUGACGCCAAUGACAAAUUUACAAGUGAAACAAAGCUUACCAAAAUCGAUAACACAAUGCCAACGAAGAUUAGCUUGGCUCCAGAAACAAUAACUUCAAAAGACAACAACUCCAAAAGAUAA